GGAACUGUCAUUUUUUGAAAGAUGGCGCUCUCCAUGAAGAGAACGAUUUUGACAGUUGUUUUAUUUGGUGCAAUAUGUGUCGUAUCCAGCCAGGUGCUAGAACUCGACGAAAGAUUUUUAGAUGUAUAUAAAGAAGUGCCAUGGCUUGUUGAGUUUUAUGCGCCAUGGUGCGGUCACUGUAAGAAGCUGGAACCGACUUUCCACCAGGUGUCUAUGUCCCUCAGGAACACGCCAGUCAAGGUCGGCAAACUGGAUUGUACCAGGUUCUCCAGCGUGGCUUCAGAGUUUAGUGUUAAAGGUUUUCCUACCAUAAAGUUUUUUAAUGGAGAAAAUAUCUACACUCACAGAGGAGACAGGACAAAGGAAGACAUUAUGGAAUUUGUUAAUCGGGCCAAAGGACCAGCAGUGCGUAAUCUGGCUAGUAAAGGCAAGUUUGAGGAGGCCAAAAAUCAACACAAAGACUCGGCUUUCUUCCUGUAUCUUGGUCGACAGGAUCCUGUGGAUGACAUGUUUAGCAAGUACAGUAAUGUAGCCGAACAGAUGCUAAUCCAGUCUUAUUUCUACGCUGGUAACUCUGCUGUCCUUCCUCAGCGAAUAAAGCCAGCUGUGACCCCAACAGUACUAGCCUUUAAAGAUCAGGAGGUAGUGGAAUAUAAAGCUCAAGAUGGUAUAGUGACAAUGUCCAGUCUCCAGGACUGGAUUAACUCUGAACGUUUCCCAGCAUUCCCCCUGGUCACCGGGGCCAACAUAAACGACAUUGCAGAAAGUGGAAAGAUCCUGGUCAUGAUGGCGUUUGAUGAUGAAAAUACAGAAAGCAAAGCAGGAAGUGAAAGAAUCAAAGAUAUGGUAAAAGUGUUAGCUACACAACACAAGGACAGAUUUCACAGUGGGUUCCAGUUCCUGUGGAUGUCAGACAUGGAGACAGUAAACAGCAUAGCCAUGGCGUUUAUGAAGGGUCCGGUAGUGAUGUUACUGAAUCCCACCACCCACUACUACUACAUGCCCCUAACUCCCAUACAGGACAUGGCCAUGGAACAACUGAUGCAGUACCUAGAGGAUGUCCGCGAUGAAAAAGUACCUGCGCUCGGAGGAACAGGAUUUUUCCAGAGGCUAAAGAGAGUCUUCUACGACCUUAUUGUCAUGGUGGUUGGAGUGUGGCAAUCAUCACGCUGGCUGUUCCUUCUGAUGUUCGGCCUCCCCACUACUGUGAUAAGUGUUGUCUGCUACAGCCUGUGCUGUAUGGAUACCGUGGAUGAUUUACCAGAGAGUGAAGAUGAAAACUCUGAAGAUGAACAGGAACUACUACCCCAAGCUCCACUAGAACCUGAUGAUACUGAACAACCAAUGGCAGUGCCAGGACACGAGAAGUCAGAGUGAUGCAUGAUGGGAUACGAUUAUUUAACAAAGAUGGGAUAUACCUCACCUCCGUAACUGACAUCACCAUGGAAACAUGAUGGCAUAACAAUUGACAUUUCUUUGUCAUCAAAAUAGCUAUCACUAAGGACACCUUUAGUGACUAGAGUAGUGACAUCAUCAUCUAAUUAUCAUCACAAUGACAUUAUUGGUUACACUAUACCGAUAUCACUGGCUGGUGACAAAUCACAAUUGAUAAAAAAAGGUAAAAAUACAGUUGAACUAGUGACAUCAUAAUGACCUCAUAAAGUGACAUAAUUAUGACCUUACUAGUGACAUCAUCAUGACCUCAUAAAAUGACAUCAUUGUGACCUUACUAGUGACAUCAACAUGACCUCAAUUUGAUAUCACAGGUGACAUCACAAAAACCUGGUUAGAGACAUCAUAAUCAUUAUGACAUCACAAACACCCCACAAGUGACAUCACAAAGCUGUCAGGGGGAAAAUUGCAGAUAGUGUCGUUUCAGUGGUUGGAACUCACAAAGCAUAGUUUAUUCAUUAGUGACUUUGUUUACUUCUUAUUUACUUGUUUUGAUUUUUGGUGCUUGAAAGAUAUAAAUAAGACAGAAAAAAACUUUGGGAUCUUUCUUGUUGUUUGUGGGUGUAAUAUGUUGUUUUUGAUUGGAUGUUAGUAAUGUUGUUUUUGAUUGGAUGUUGGUAAUGUUGUUUUUGAUUGGAUGUUGAUUAUUUUAAUUAUGUUUGAAUGAUAUUUCGGAUGUGUAUUGAGGUAUAAUUAGUUAGAGUGUGUGAACACUUAUUGGAAGCCGUGAUUUGUAUGAUCAAGACACUAAACCAUAGUCCACACACCUCUCCAAAUAUAAGAUAUACAUGUACUGUUAAACUUAGGUGUUGGCUCGAGGGAUGAAGUGAGUUUCUGGUUCAACGAGACCUGUGUUCAUGAAACUGUUCCCAUGCUCAAACUCAAGGUUUUGUACUCACUGAUUUUGUUCUCUUGCUCAAGUCGUAUUCAUGAAAAUGUCUGUGCUUAGGAGCUGUACUCUUAUCCAAACUCCACUUACAUGUAUGGCAGCUGGCAGAAUCAUCAACAGAGAGAUAAGAAAAUAUGUACUUUCAAGGCCUAGAGUGUUUUGGAACACCAAAAUCCACCAAUGGCAGAGGAAGAUGUUUUCUGAUGUUUUCAAGUCUGGCCAGCCACAAGUGAAAACGUUUUUCACUGCUAUCUCUAGAUCUCUUGCAGGUCAUGAUGACUUAAAGAUACUUUGAAACAGGUGUCUUGCUACAGUUAGUUGGUGACUCUAGAUCUAUUUCACAACCUAUUGUAAGCAGAUCUAGAGUGAUUCAACAAAUAAUAGGGGCCCUUGCUCAACUUUCAAAUUUCAAACAGGUGAAGAAGCCAGGACAAACAACUAUGCAAGAAGUUGGCCUUAUUAUGUCCUCUGCCAUGAUGACAAAGUGUGAAUAAGAUCAUGUGAUGGGCACCAUGUUAGCCUCCAAACAUUAGAGAGUUCACUAGGUUACCAAACUCAGCAGAGAACAUUCUCAGGUAAUUUGAUGAAUAUAAAUGUUGAGUACUUUCUCACUGGAGCACAAACUUGAGCAAGAGCACAAAAAAUGAGUUUGAGCAUGAGAAUGGCUUCAGGAGUACAAGGCUAGGGUCUACUUCCGUGGACAAAGCUGAAACAUGAUUCUUAAAGUAUUCAGUAGGUAUAGUUCCACAACAAAUUUACGUACAAAGCUAAUUUUAUUUCAUCACUGAAACAGCUGAACCAAUGUUUUGGUCAUUCAUUUUAUUUUGGAAGACAUAAUUUGAGUUUUCAAAAUUAUGCAUGAACAUCUUGGCUUAGCUGGCUAGUACUCUACAUCUUUUACAAACAUAGUGUGUUUGUUGUACAUUGCUAGUGUAACAGGAAAGGAAAAAUGCAAAGACCAAACCGGGAUUCCAACCGGGAACCCCCAAACUCUAGACAGAUGCUCUAACCAAUUGAGCGACCUGGUUGCUGACAAUCCACCCUGCAGUCCAGUUCCGCUACACCUUAUACCUCUAGAUCUGUAGUGCAGUUUGUCUGGUAUUGAAAAUGUAUAUGAUGUUUUAAAGUAACAUAUUAAACAUUUAUGUACAAUAUAAGGUAAAAGAUUUUUUGGGGAUUCAAAUAAUGAUUGAUUCAGGGAGAUUUAAAACAGCACUGCAUGGCUAUUGAAUAACAUUAUAUCAGUAGAUGAAAUCUUUUUAGGAAUGUUGUGAUGGGUUUAUUAUUGGGUUUUGGUGACUUGUAAACAUGCUUACCUACUCUUAGUGGAAAUGAGGUCAUUUCUAAUUUAGACAGGUACAAAAGAUGAAUAUAUGUACCUCAAUACCACUAUAACUCCACAAAUUAGCCAUCCCUUUUUGUUCUUCAGUGAAGAGUGAAGCCAUUUCAUCAUCCAAUUAGGAUAUGUCUGUUUUAUAGAGAGGCACAGCAAGCAAAUGUAACAAAAACACACAGACUUACAAAUCAGUAGGGUGGGGACUUUCUCAAAGGGAGUUGAUGCUAUUUUAAAAGUUAGUAAAAC